CGAUCCAGAACUUCAAACUCAGAAUCGAGGAGGACCCAUUUAAUAUCACAAAAACAUGGAAAGGGCCGAAUGUUUGCGGUUACGAAGGAUUCCUCUGCGACAAAGUUCCGGAUUUCAUGGACAAGGCGGUGGCCGGAGUUAGCUUCAACAACAAAAACUUAGGCGGUCGUAAACUCAUCCUCGAUACGUUCAUCGACGGGUUGCCGGACAUCGCUUUCUUCCACGCCAACUCCAACAACUUCUCCGGCGAAGUCCCCAAACUCAUCGCCAAUCUCAGAUACUUCUACGAGCUCGAUCUUAGCAACAACAAAUUCGCCUGCGGGUUUCCCAGCCAAGUCCUCGGCGCCACCAAUCUGACGUUCUUGGACCUCCGGUUCAACAAUUUCUACGGCCCGGUCCCCCCACGGCUCUUCGAUAUGGACAUUAUCUCCGCCAUCUUCCUCAAUAACAACAAAUUUAACCAGCAGAUUCCGGCCAACCUCGGCAACACCCCUGCCCGGUUCCUGACUUUCACGAGGAACGAGUUCACCGGUCCGAUCCCAAAAAGCAUCGGAAUCGGAAAAACGAAGAAGAAUCUAAUCGAGGUCCUGUUCUCCGGCAACAAUCUCUCCGGCUGCUUACCAAUGGAGGCCGGACUUCUCGAAAACGCCAUUUUACUAGACGCGAGCAAAAACUACCUCACCGGCCCAAUCCCCC